UUCACACUAAUCAAAUUAUCGGUCUUCUAUGGCAACUUCGCGCGACAACGGCAUUAAACUGCAGUGGUCUACUAAGAACGACAUCGAUCGACUAUGCUCUGCAAUGGAACCAGUAUUUCAACCUCCAGACGAGAAAAUCGAUUUUGUCACCUAUUUGGUUCGUGAUCAGUACAAACGCUGGGCUCUUGGCGAGAGCUCAUUCAUGACUCCGGAAGAUACCGUAUUUGCAACAGAUACAAAUACAAAAGACGACAAAAUUGUGGCCUUCACCACUUUGUGGAAAGAUAAGCAGCUUUAUAAUGGCAUUGGUUUUUCCAUUGGUAGAGUGGAGUUCGUUGGCGUGGUCAGCGAAUAUCGAAAUCAAGGCCUGAUGCCUCGUAUAAUGGAUGCUGUACAUGAAGCAAGUGACCUACGAGGCGACUUAAUGCAGACAAUUGUUGGUAUUCCAUAUUAUUACCGACAAUUUGAUUACGAAUAUGCACUGGAUAUUGGAAAGCGGUCAAAAACUUGGUUAAAUUCAAUUCCAUCUCUCAAAAGUGGUGAGAAAGAAUUGACUACCCUUCGCGCAGCAACAUUAGAAGACUUGGACAUCAUUCUAAACUUCGACCAGGUGCUGAGUUUGCAAAGCUGCAACUACGCACCUCUGCGUAGAGAAUACCUUGAAACUCAGAUCAAAGGCUCUAUCAAUUCGACAGCGAGUCCAUUUCAGCGACGGGUGGUCAUGUUCGAGGACGAUGGUCACGCUAUAGGUUAUUUCAUAAUGCACAAUUAUGCUGAUUCCUCUGCUAUAAGUGUGCUCCAUAUCGCAUUUAAACCUAAUAUCAACCUGCCCACUAUUAUCAACAGCAUUUUACGUGGUAUUGUUCAGUACAGUAGCCGCAGCUACGAUGAAAAAUCCGGUGAAAACUUAACCGCUAUUUUCUGGCAUUUUUCAGAAUGGCAUCCGUUCUUCAACAGCCUUCCUAGUUGCAACCGAAGUUAUACUUCAUUGCCUGACGAAGCUUACUCCACGUAUGUUCGGAUACCGAAUUAUGCUAAUUUUAUUCGGCAUAUCAUUCCUGUUCUGAACGACCGUCUUGCCAAUGCAAAGUCGUGGAGCUGUUACAAUGGAGUUCUUUAUAUACAUAAUUACACGAAAAAAUACAUGGGAGUGAGGAUACAAAUCGAUGGUGGCCAUGUGAGCAAAGUUGAAGACUGGUUUCCAACCGAUCGUCAACAGCCAGUAUCAAAUCAGAUUCACUUCCCUCCCCUCACGUUCACCAACAUACUACUGGGAAACAAGUCUCUUGAGGAACUUCAGAUAGUGUAUCCCGAUAUCGCAGUGUCUGAUUUAACCGCACAACUUGUGAACGUUCUUUUUCCCAAAUCCGUUUCAAUAAAUCAUAACUGGGUAUGACGCAAAGUCCGCUUCCAGCUUUCCUCUUCAUUCCCGCCAAGAUCCAAGUUUUGCAGAAUAAAAUGUCGAGUGGAAAUACUUGUGAUAUAGAUGAGGAGCUUGUUCAGAAGUUGAAGGAAUUUCGAUUCAAAAAGUACUCGCAGGGCAAUGCUGCGUUUGUGUGUGAGUGCUGGUCAUGGCUUUGAAGGUGAAUAGGGUUCUAGUGC